CCGCGGCCCUCCGCUCCGCUCGGCUCGGGCUCCGGCGCGGGCGCGGGGCGCGGGGCGCGGGGCAGGACACCGGCGGAGCGGCAGCCGCUCCGGACAUGUCGGGCCCUCGCGCCGGCUUCUACCGGCAGGAGCUGAACAAGACCGUGUGGGAGGUGCCGCAGCGGCUGCAGGGUCUGCGCCCGGUGGGCUCCGGCGCCUACGGCUCCGUCUGUUCGGCCUAUGACGCGCGGCUGCGCCAGAAGGUGGCGGUGAAGAAGCUGUCGCGCCCCUUCCAGUCGCUGAUCCACGCGCGCAGGACGUACCGGGAGCUGCGGCUGCUCAAGCACCUGAAGCACGAGAACGUCAUCGGGCUUCUGGAUGUCUUCACGCCGGCCACGUCCAUCGAGGACUUCAGCGAAGUGUACUUGGUGACUACCCUGAUGGGCGCCGACCUGAACAACAUCGUCAAGUGCCAGGCGCUGAGCGACGAGCACGUUCAGUUCCUGGUUUACCAGCUGCUGCGCGGGCUGAAGUACAUCCACUCGGCCGGGAUCAUCCACCGGGACCUGAAGCCCAGCAACGUGGCUGUGAACGAGGACUGUGAGCUCAGGAUCCUGGACUUCGGGCUGGCCCGCCAGGCAGACGAAGAGAUGACGGGCUACGUGGCCACGCGCUGGUACCGGGCCCCUGAAAUCAUGCUCAACUGGAUGCAUUACAACCAGACAGUGGACAUCUGGUCCGUGGGCUGCAUCAUGGCUGAGCUACUCCAGGGCAAGGCCCUCUUCCCGGGAAGUGACUACAUUGACCAGCUGAAGCGCAUCAUGGAAGUUGUGGGCACACCCGGCCCAGAGGUGCUGGCAAAGAUCUCCUCAGAACACGCCCGGACAUACAUCCAGUCCUUGCCCCCCAUGCCCCAGAAGGACCUGAGCAGCAUCUUCCACGGAGCCAACCCCCUGGCCAUAGACCUCCUUGGAAGGAUGCUGGUGCUGGAUAGUGACCAGAGGGUCAGUGCGGCCGAGGCGCUGGCCCACGCCUACUUCAGCCAGUACCAUGACCCUGAGGAUGAGCCAGAGGCCGAGCCGUAUGAUGAGAGCGUUGAGGCCAAGGAGCGCACCGUGGAGGAGUGGAAGGAGCUCACCUACCAGGAAGUCCUCAGCUUCAAGCCCCCAGAGCCACCGAAGCCGCCUGGCAGCCUGGAGAUUGAGCAGUGAGGUGCUGCCCGGUAGCCACUGACAGCCUGUGAACGGGCCUGGGCCUGCACCUUUCCACAGCUGAUGUGGCUUCCUCAAGAGGCGCCUCCCGUACUCCUAUGGUCACUGACUCCUGACCUAGGACCCCUUGCCUUCAGGAGCAUCUACACACAUGUAUGCAUGCACAAACAUGUGUGUACAUGUGCUUGCCAUGUGUAGGAGUCUGGGCACAAGUGUCCCUAGGCCUACCUUGGUCCUCCUGCCCCCUCCUGGCCACACUGCAUUCUCCACUGGGACCUGACUGUGGGGUCCUGGAUGCUAAAGGAGUUCCCCUGGGAAAUACCCCUGUCUGUCCUAGGCCGACCCACGGGGAGUGUCAGCCAAGGGAUCUCUUCUGUCCCAGGGCUCUGGAGGGCGCACUGGGGCCGGGAACCCUGGAGACUCAAAGGGAGAGGUCUCAGUGGCUGGAGCUGCUCAGCCUAGAAGUAGGGGCUGCCCUGUCACUGCUGAGACCCACAGGUCUUGAGAGGCAGAGCCAGCGUGCCAUCAGGCUGGGCAGGGACAACCACCAGGUGUCAACAGAAAAGCUGCCUGAAGCCUUGUGUUCACCCAUGGGUGUGGGCAUAUGUGGAUGGGCAUGCGCUCCCCGUGUUCAUGUCAGGGCACAUGUGGUGCAUGUGAAUCUGUGGGCAUCCAAGGGGCAGCAGCCAUGUCUGGCGAGAACCCUGAGCUGGGGCGGGCAUGCUGCUGCCUUCCCUCCCCUCAGUUCCUGAUGCUUGAGGGAUGUUGCGAUUCAGACUAGAGGCUCCAGUGGGCCGAAGGGCAACCACGUGAGCACGGCAGGGGCUUUUUCCUCGAACAUGGGAGCUAUAGCAGGUUCCUGAGGCUGGAGGUGGGGGCGGUUCAGCCUUGAGGACUCUAAGGCAGGCCGAACACGUCGAUGUGGACUUGGAUUCAGACACUCCUGCCCCAGCACCCUGGCCCGCUUUCUACCUCUGCCGGCCGUGUGGCCCUGCAGCCGGAGAUCUGAGGUGCUCUGGUCUGCGGGUCAGUCCUCCUCUUUCCUUGUCCCAGGAUGGAGCUGAUCCAGUAACCCCGGAGAUGGGACCCUGCUCAGAGCUGAGUUGGGAGUGUGGCUUUUCCCUGGAAAGGCGGUGACCUCUUGCCUUGAGGGGCCCAGGGAAGCCUGGGUGUUAAGUGCCUGCACCAGGGGUGCACAAUAAAGGUUCUCUCUCGCUUGGCUCA